AUGACUAAAGACGGAGAAUCCACCAUCCAAAAGGUCAAGGACGCUCUCCAUAUUGGAGGCCAGAAGUCCGAUACCACCACAACUCACACCGGAACAACUGGUACUGGUACUGGUACACACGUUCCGGGAACUUCUCACACUGGAACAACCGGUACGGGUACACACGUUCCAGGAACUUCUCACACGGGAACCACUGGUACGGGUACACACAUCCCAGGAACUUCCCAACCGGGAACUACUGGCACUGGUACACACAUUCCAGGCACUUCUCACACAGGAACAACUGGUACACAUAUUCCAGGAACUUCUCACACGGGUACAACUCAUACUGGAACAACCGGCACCCACAUCCCAGGUACAACCGGCCAUCAAACUCAAGGACACACCGAGGGCUCUCACGGACCUCACAGAUCCUCUGUAUUAAACGCUGCCGACCCACGAGUCGACUCAGACCUCGAUGGCAACCGCCUUCCUAACAAGACUUCCGCCGGUUACGGUACUCAAGACGCAUACGGCACUGGUGCCACUGGCACAACCGGUACCCAACAUCACCAAGGCACAACCACUGGCGGAACUGGUUUUGGCGGAGGAAUUUCCCAAAGCACCAAUGCCGGCCCUCACAACUCCAACAUUGCCAACGCCGCCGACCCAAGAGUCGAUAGCGACUUGAGCAACACUGGAAACCAUCACGGAGCUUCCACCGGACACUAUGCAUUCCCAGUUUCUGGUACCCACGCCACCCCCGGCUCAGGAACUGCUCAGAACACUGCAGGUCCCCACAACAGCGAUUUGUUGAACAAGGCUGACCCUAGAGUUGACGCUGACCUUGAUGGUUCUAAGACCUUGGGAGGAAACAAGACCUACCAUUAA